GCGGCGCGUGGGUCGGAAGCGCCGCGGCGGCGGCGGCGGGGAGCGGAAAAUGGCGACGGCCGCGCAGCUCACGGACGAGGAGCUCUUCUCGGAGCUGAGGCGCUUCGGCUUCUCCCCGGGGCCGGUCACCGAGAGCACCCGGCCCGUCUACCUGAAGAAGCUGAAGAAGCUGCGCGAGGAUGAACGGGCCGGGGCCCGCGGCGGCGGCGCCAACAAGACCCGGAACAGCAACAACAAUAACACGGGAGCCGGAGCGGCGCCGGGCGGAGGCGGCGGCCCCGGGCGGGCGGCCCCGGGAGCGCGGCUGGCCGGCGCCGAGCACCCCUUCCUCCCCGGGACUGCCGCCGGAGGCGGCCGGGGCCGCGCCGCACCCCCCGCCGGGGGCGGCAAAGUGCUGCUGGGCUUCAGCUCGGACGAGUCGGACGCGGAGAGCAGCCCCCGGGGCCAGGCCGGCGGCCGGAGGGAGCGCGCUGCGCCCCUCUUCCGCGGCCUCAGGCCCGCCGCCCCCCACGGCGCCUGCGGCGUGAGCAGCAGCUCCCCCCCGGAGGAGGCGGCCCGGCGGAAGCCCAACGCCUGGUGGGGGGCGGCGGCCAGGAGACCGACGGCGACUCAGGGUCUGAGAGAGCUCGGGGACGGCGAGGAGGAGGACGACGACGAAGAGGAGGAGGAAAAGGAGAGCGAGCAGCAGCGGUGGAAGACCCGGACCGUGAACGGGAACCGGCUCCUCUCCUACGGAGGCAGCAGGGACAAGUACUCGGACUCGGAGGAGGAGGAGGCGGCGGGGGCGAGGGCCAAACAGCAGGAGGAGUCUGCAGUUCGCCGGCCCAGACGGAGCCUCAGCAAGUCGCCUGCUCCAUUCAUAACAAGCAAAUGCGCUGCAGCCGGCGCUGGCGUGAUGGAGACGGGCCAAGAAAGGGCUGGCGGAGGCUGCGGUGCUGCUGUGCUCGUAACGAAUGACAGGGCGGCGGGGGCGGCUGCUGCCGGCAGUCUAGACAGGGGCAGAAAUCAGGAGGAGGAGGAGGAGGAGGCGGCGGCGGCGGCGGGGGGAAGAGGAGGAGGAGGAUGUGAAAAUCUGGACUCUAGUCCUCCCAGCCCCAGAUACCGCAUUGGCCUACCCAAGAAAUCCCCAUCAGUAUUGCUGUUGCCACCACCGCUCACGGACGUGGACAGCGGCAAAAUCACUGACCCUCCAGGCGCCAUUAGGAAAGCGACCAAUAACCAUGUUCUCAGCGGUGCUCCUGGUAGCUGUAAUGUUGAAUCCAGGAUUUAUUCAUCUACUAAUAGCCUUCCCCCGGGUGGAACCACCUCCUCCCUUAGACUCAAUCACUCCAAUCAUACGGGUUCAAAUCAUACCUACCUGAAAAACACCUACAAGAAGAAUCUCUCUGAGCCCGAGGAGGAGCUUCUCCAACAGUUCAAAAGAGAGGAGGUAUCCACCACUGGAGGCUUCAGUGCACAUUACCUGUCCAUGUUCCUCUUAACUGCUGCAUGCUUGUUCUUUCUGAUACUGGGAUUCACAUACCUGAGAAUGAGAGGUUCUGGAGUAGCUGAGGAUGUGGGAGCCAACAUCAAGGAUCCCUUUAGUGAAGAACUCAAAAAAAUACAAGAAGAUGAAAUAAGUCUCAUGAUGAAGAGCUUGUAUGCACUUCAUGAUAAAUUGGCACAAGUAGCAGGGGAACAUGAAUGUGGCAGCUCUGUUCAAAGAAACCUUACCGUCCAGGAGGCAGCUGCAUAUUUAAAAAAUUUAGAUCCAGAAUAUGAAAGUGUACUUAACACAUCAUUACAAUGGAUCUUGAAUAGUGGGGAAGAUGUUGGCAUAAAGUGUCUCAGCAAUGACCCUAAUGAGAUGGAUGUCACUAACGUGACAGAUGUGAAGUAUCUGGAAUCCACUAGUCCAAAGAUGUCUUUCAGGUGUCGUUUUCGCCGUGCGUUUGUUAAUGUAACUCACAGAUUAUCAAUAUUGCUUUGGGGUGUAGCAAUGGUCUGGGGAGUCUUACACUACAUGAAAUACCGCUGGGCAAAAGAGGAAGAAGAAACAAAGCAGAUGUAUGAUAUGGUGGUGAAAAUCAUAGAUGUUCUAAGAAGCCACAGUGAGGCGUGUUCAGAAAAUAAAGAGUUGCAGCCUUACAUGCCAAUUUUGCAUGUGCGUGAUUCUCUAAUACCACCUCAGGACAGGAGGAAGAUGAAUAAAGUCUGGAACAGAGCAGUUGACUUUCUUGCAGCAAAUGAAUCUAGAGUUCGCACAGAGACACGAAGAGUGGGUGGUGCCGAGUUCUUGGUCUGGAAGUGGAUGCAACCUUCUGCAGCAUGUGACAAAAUUUUAGUGAUACCAUCGAAAGUGUGGCAAGGCCAAGCAUUUCAUCUAGAUAGAAGAAAUUCACCCCCGAACAGCUUGACACCAUGUCUAAAGAUUCGCAAUAUGUUUGAUCCAGUUAUGGAAAUAGGUGAUCACUGGCAUCUAGCAAUUCAAGAAGCAAUCUUGGAGAAGUGCAGUGAUAAUGAUGGAAUUGUUCAUAUUGCCGUAGACAAAAAUUCACGUGAGGGCUGUGUGUAUGUCAAGUGUCUCUCCCCGGAGUAUGCUGGAAAGGCUUUCAAGGCAUUACAUGGCUCUUGGUUUGAUGGAAAGCUGGUAACAGUAAAAUACCUGCGACUAGAUCGGUAUCAUCAUCGUUUUCCCCAGGCUCUUACUUGUAACACUCCACUGAAGCCAUCAAACAAACACAUGAACUCUAUGUCACAUCUGCGUCUUCGGACAGGCACAACUAACUCUCAGGGAAGUUCCUGAGAAAACUUUCUACAACUGCUAGGACUGUUACUUGCAACAGGAAUGUUCCUGUUCGGCCACCGUCUUCCUUUUUUAGUGCUUUUUGUAUGUAAUACUUUAAAGAAUUAAAUAAAAGUUCGAACGU